AUGGCCGACUUUACUAAUUACGACGAACGCGUCACUUCGCCUAUGACUGAAGUCAUGGAAUUUCAACCUACCAUCUCCCACCAGUUCGCAACAUCCAGCGGCUGGGACAACAUGCCCCCUAACAUACGUGCUAUGAUUUACAAGAAUGUGCUGCCGCCUCUCAAUGGCGGGGAAGCUAUCAGCUUGAGUGAGUUCAAGGCGUACUAUAAGGACCACUGCGCUCUGCUCCAAGUCGAUCAUCGCACGUUUGUUGAGGCACGAGAGUGGUUAUUCUCAGCCAACAACUUCAGCGUAUACUACUCGCCUGACCACCCGGAAGGCCUCAAGGCCAUCAGCAUCUUUGGCCUCGGCGCCUUUACUACCAUUACUCUCGAUAUCCAGGUCACCGACUUCUCUAGAAUCUAUUCUCUGUUUAACAUAUUGUCACAAACAACGCGCCUUCGGCACCUGUCUAUCCGCGCUUAUGUUGACUCGUACGAGUUCCCAGACAUGGGGCAACGCGAAAAAGAAGUCAAGGAAUUCAUAGCUCAACACGGGGAUCGCGUAACUCAAAACAUGAUUAAGAUCAAAGACAUCGAAAUCGAUCUCGUGGGUAUCGCCUCUGUAGCGGGCUUUGAUCUCAUAGUUUCAAGAUUUAUUCAGCAUGCAUGGAUGAAGAUGAUUUUUAAAUUCGACCUUCCUUUGGCGGCCCUCACCAAGCAUGCCCUCUUUAUGGGCCGCCCAACUAUCAAGCUAUCCGCGAUCCAGGACAGGUCAAUAUACGCCCGCUCGCAUAUGCUCAAGCUCUUGCUCGUCUUAUUGACCAUGCUUCAUGUUGUUUGA